AUGACUCCAGGAAACAAAAAAGCAUGCCAACUUAUUGUUAGAGGAUUACGACAUGUGUACAGUAUGCAGAAGGACCCGAACGAUGGGAACGACGCAACUAACAGACCAUUUAGGAGAACUAUAUCUUGUCUCUUAUUAAACGCCUAUGCACAUAAAUUGAAAGAAAUGGCAGCAAAGGAACAACCUGACUGCGACCUGGAAAAAGGCAUACAACAUGCCUUCAGUAAAAGUGCAAAAAUUAAGGGGGACACAUCUCCAUGUAAUGCUGAUAAUAAAUGUGAGGAGUGUAAGAGAGGGUACUGUCCAGAUGAGGAACUGUACAAAAAAAAAGUAGGAGAUGAAUUAAGUAGCAUGCUCGACAAUGACGACAACAUACAGGAAACUCUAAAGAAAAUAUGUCUGGAGGAUGCACAAACGGCCAAAACGGAGCCAACCAAUAAGGACAGACAGGAGGAAGAAACAAAGAACAAGCCUGAGAACACAGCUCCAGUAAUCCUAAAAAUUAUUAAUGCGAAAAUAUGGAGAAUAUUAGUGACCAUGAGCGUAUUGUCGCAUGCCUUGAGAAGUCGUAGAAGGCAGCUGUUCCCAAAACUAACGGCGCUAAAGACCCCCACGAGGCUGACAGGGGAACAGGUCCCCCUUGCUGCCCCAGGUAGUAAUCGUGCCACUAUUGAUGUUGCGGAUGUUGUCCAAAAUGUUACUCCCGAACUUGUUCUUCCUAUAGACACCCAAACUCCGAGCACAGGAACAGACACACAAACACCUUCAUCCUCGAGUUCAAGUGCAAGUUCAAGUUCAGGAAGUUCUUCCAGUAAUUCAGGUGACGAGACAGUUAAAACUGUUGAUCAAAGUGAUGGUAGUCUCCUUCCUAGUGGUAGUCACACUAGUGGUCCUGGCGAAGGCGGUGGAGGAACGGCAGGAAAUGGACCUGGUCAAGCUCCAGGUAAGAACACUAAGUGUGAAAAAUCAAGGCGGAAAGCGCAUGAAAAAAGGAAAAAGACACGGAGGAUGAAAAUAAAAAGGAAUGGAAGGGGUCUAAGGAAGGGAGGUCUAAGGAAGGGAGGUCUAAGGAAGGGAGGUCUAAGGAAGGGAGGUCUAAGGAAGGAAGAAGGAUCUAAGGAGGUAAUGAAGCAGGUCUAA